AUGUCUAAACCUAUGGUUCAUGAAACUCAAAAUGAGAAAGCUCGUGCUCGUAUGGCAAGGCUCCGUGCAGUGAAAAAGGAGUCACGAUCGAGUGCGAGUCAGCCUAUGUCCCUGUCAGCUCAAACCAUUCUGUGUCUGCCAGAUCUCAAGGCCAAAAGUAUGGCCGAAAUGCGCCUGUUGAUUGGUCAGUGGCAAUAUUGUUGGGGACCCAACAAUCUUUGGGAAAAGACGUUCAAUGAGAAACUGCGGUCUGCGCAAGAUCGGGGGAGUGGAUCAGUGAACGACUUUUUUAGCCAGUGCGAGGCACACACUACUGAUGGUCAACAACUUCUCAAUGAAUUCAAGCGCAUCGCUUAUAGCCCAUUGGUGUUGUCGGAAGUGAGGUUUUUUGAGGUAAAACUUGACGAGUAUGCCCCAGCUGUACCAUUAUCUAGAACAUCGUCUACACGAUACUAUGAACAAGCGUAA